AUGAAGACCACCCUCCUCCUCACCCUCACCGCCCUAGCCGUGACCACAGUGCAUGCCUACUGCGACGGCACCCCCGACAGCACCUGGUGGCGUGACGGCGACUGUUCCGAAUCCACUGACCCGACCUGCUACAACCGUUGCCGCGAAGCCGGUUACGGUUGCGGUGGCUGCGGUGGCUGGCUGUAUGGCGAGUGCUGGUGCUGUAGCAAUGACUGCGCGGCGUAG